AUCAUAGGUUUAAAGGACAGAAGACUCAAUAGUCGGAUUCUAUUUAGACCAUCUUCAACCGGGGUGCUUAAGGGGAGGGAGGUGCUUAGCUUAAUAAAGAUUAAAAAAAAAAAGAGAAAAAUGGGACUAAUGUGAAGAAACUGUGCUUAAAGAGGAGGUAGAAGUAUCGGAUCUUAUGGGACACGUGUUGGGUCUUGGUUACACCUCUCUCUCCUUUCUCUUCUCAUCGCUCCACUCUCAUCUCUCUGGAUCCCACGUCAACGAGAGACCACCAUCUCCGCAGUCACACCGUGAACAAACAAUGAUCCCUCAUCUUCUCCCUCGUCCCUCUCCCUCUCGUUUUCAUCGAAUUGGCUCGAUCCGCCUGGUUCGAUCGGUACAAGAUCCAGCCCAAGGUCAAGAACUCCUUCUUCGACAUGUUCCGCUGCUACAGAGACGUCAUGAAGAUGUUCAUCCUCCUCGUCGGUCCUCUGCAGCUCGUCUCUUAUCCUUCGAUCAAGCUCUCCUCCGCCAUGGAAUCAAGCUUUUUCGUCGCCGGAUCCUCCACCAUCGUGCUCCAGAUCCGGGAGAGAAAGCUCGUGAGCUCCAAUGGCCCUGGCUUAUUUUUAAGUCUGAUCCUUUGUCUUUGGAUAAUUAUUCUUUGAUCCCAAAACUAUCAGAUUUGCAGAACAGACCUCUCUAAUUGACCCCUAAUCUUUCAAUUGUGCAAUUGUAACCCAAAGUGAUUUUUUUAAGAACUUUUAGAUAAGCAACUCUAAUGGAGUUUGUGGUUAAUGUCUAAUGAGGCCCAAAGGCCAUUCAAAAAAUUAGGAAUGGAGAAAUGGUGGGAUGGGUCAGGCCCGUGCAGUAGUGCAACGCAUGGGCGACUCGUGAAAACCGAGAAA